ACGCCGCGCGCUCCACACUCGACAUGAUCGUCGUCGCGCUCGCGGUCAUCGCGCUCGUUGCGCUGUACCUUUACAACGUUAGAAACUUCAACUACUGGAAGGAUAGAGGAAUCAAACAUGACAAACCCAUACCAUUCUUCGGCACCAACGCCAAAAAUUAUCUGCAGAAACAAAGUGUCACAGAAAGUUUGAUGGAAAUGUAUUGGAAGUAUCCCAACGAGAAAGUGGUCGGUUUUUUUAGAUCUACAAUCCCAUGUUUGCUAGUGAAGGACCCGGAGAUUAUUAAGCGGGUUCUGCACACAGAUUUCAGCAUGUUCUACUCUCGUGGGUUGAACCGUUUGAAAGGGCACGAGAUCGAGCCGAUGCAGCGCAACCUGUUCUUCGCGGACGGCGACACGUGGCGCCUGCUGCGGCAGCGCAUGACGCCGGCGUUCACGAGCGGCAAGCUGCGCGCCAUGUUCCCGCUCAUCGUGGAGCGCGCCGAGAGCCUGCAGGCGCGCGCGCUGGCCGCCGCCGCCGCCGGCCGCACGCUCGACGCGCGCGACCUCAUGGCGCGCUACACCACCGACUUCAUCGGCGCCUGCGGCUUCGGCCUCGAGGCCGACUCGCUCAACGAGGAAGACUCCGCCUUCAGGAAACUCGGAGCGAAGAUAUUCCAUAUAGGUUUCAAGGAAGCCGUACUUGCAAUGCUUAAAGAUAUAUUCCCGCAACUAUUCAAAAGUAUUCACACACUCCAAAGGGUAGAGGGUGAACUGACAGACCUUGUCAAAGUUAUAUUAAAACAGAGAAAUUACCAACCAUCCGGUAGAAACGACUUUAUAGACUUAUUGUUGGAAUGUAAAAAGAAAGGCGUGUUGGUUGGAGAGUCGAUAGAAAGAAAAAAAGCGGACGGAACACCCGAAAUCGCUACUUUAGAAAUGGAUGACAUUCUCAUGACUGCUCAAGUGUUUGUGUUUUUCGCCGCGGGCUUCGAGACGUCGUCGUCCGCGACCAGCUUCACGCUGCACCAGCUGGCGUACCACCCGGAGGUGCAGAAGAAGGUGCAGGAGGAUAUAGACAGGGUGUUGGCCAAACAUGACAAUAAACUGAGCUACGAGGCAGUCAAAGAGAUGACGUAUUUGGAUUGGGCCUUCAAAGAGGGUAUGAGGAUGUUCCCGUCUAGCGGUUUCUUGACCAGGAAAUGUGUGGCAAAAUACUCAAUCCCUGAGUUAGGGAUGACGAUCGAUGAUAAAGUGCGGGUGUUCAUCCCAGUUCAAAGCAUGCAAAAUGACCCAAAGUACUUCGACAGCCCUGAGGAGUUCAGGCCAGAACGUUUCCACCCCGACUCAUUCGACAUUGCGAAGUUGAAGUAUGUGUAUCUGCCAUUCGGAGAAGGCCCUCGUGCUUGUGUGGGCGAGCGGCUGGGGCGCAUGCAGUCGCUGGCGGGGCUGGCCGCGAUCCUCUCUAAGUUCGCGGUGGAGCCUGCGCCGGAGUCCCUCCGUAAGCCGCGUCGCGACCCCAGGGCUGGUGUGAUCCAGACCAUCGAUGGAGGUCUCCCCCUGGUCUUCAAAGAACGUAAAAAUACUAAAUAA